GUUGUUCAGCCCGCCACCAGAAUCUAUCUACAUGCACACAUAGUAAGUGUACGGAAGCCGAUCAAAGAAGACGUACGGACGUGGUAAAUAACUGUAUAAUUUGAACAAGCAAAGUGCUCGAGCACUGGUUCCGUACUCUCCCCCCCGGUUGUGUCUGUCGAAAAACAAAAAUCAGUGUUCAAAGUUUGGCGUGUAUGCAAACAAGUGACAAUUUUGAGAAAAUGUGGCAUUUUCUCCACCAAAAGUAAAACAAAAUUGAUUGAUUUGGUUUGAUUUAGAUUAUAAAGUGGAAAGAUAGAGUGGAAAAAUAAUGAAUCAAGUAGAUGCGCUGAUACGAUUCGGCUAUGCCCUGGUAAUCGUUACAAUGCUACUCAUGGUUUGGGCAUCAUUAGUCGGAGCACGUGAAUUGGAAAGUAAUAAACAUCCACCAUGUUUGUUUAGCCCAUUGUGUACAUGUUCAAAAGCAUCACCCAACGAUCUCGGUAUCAUACAAUGCAAAAAUGUUCCCUAUCCAGCCAUUCCAAGAACUCUCAACAAUUCAAAAGUGUUUAUGUUGCACAUGGAAAGCACUGGUCUACAGAGUCUACCGUCAAGCUUCUUGCAAGGAACUGGACUUUAUCGCAUUGAAAUCUCACACAAUCCAUUGGGAGAAGUGCUAGAAGGUGCAUUCGAUGGCUUAGAACGUUCACUGUGGGAAUUAUCACUUCAUCACAAUCAAUUGGUUGAAGUGCCGUCGCGUGCAUUACACAAUUUGAAAAAGUUGAAAUUAUUAGAUUUAAGUAAUAAUCACAUCGAUUGCAUUGAAUUGGAUUCAUUUUUCGGCUUGGACGGAUCACUUGAACGGUUAAUUUUGGCUGAUAAUUCAAUUGAUAGUUUACCUCGUGGCGCAUUCACAUCAUUACCCAAAUUGGAUACGAUUGACCUGUCUGGAAAUAAUAUCGCCUAUCUUGAUCCGAGCAUAUUUGAAGAGGGGAUGCCAUCACUGGCCAAGUUGUUGUUAUCAAAUAAUGCGCUUCGAGAUGUCCCUUACAAUGCAUUAGCUCCGUUAAGAAACCUUCGUGUCCUCGAUUUAUCGCAUAAUUUAAUUAAAACCAUUCGCAUCGAGAACGAUACAAUCGCAUCGAAAUUAACAUUGGAUGUACUGCAUUUGGAAUUCAAUCGAAUUGAGGAAAUACCGACUGCGUCAUUUGCACACUUUGAUGUAGUAAACGUAACCUAUUUGGAUGGUAAUCCAUUGAACGCAUUGGGCGAACGUGCGUUCGAAUCGGCACGCAUACGCGAACUCUAUAUUAGACAUUGUGGCCUAAGCUUCGUUUCACCCGCUUCAUUCGAUGGACUGGAUAGAACACUGCAAAUUCUCGAUAUAUCUGGCAAUAAUCUCACCGCUUUGCCAAUGGAAUUUUUGAAGGGCUUCACUGAAUUCAAAGCGCUAAACAUCAAAGAUAAUAAAUUUGGUAGCAACAAAGAAAUGCAACUAAGUGAGGUAUUUUCUGCUAUUUGGCCGUACAUCGAAAAAUUCGAUAUGAGUGGCAAACAUAAUGGCGGAACAAAUCUAAAGAAUUUCAAUCAAAUGCGAAGUCUCCGAUCAUUGUCAGUUGGCAUGCUAUCAUCCUCAAAUCUAGCACCCGAUUUUUUCAUAGAUUAUGGCGUUGAACUGGAAGACGUAAAAUUUACCCAAAGCUCAAUUGAAUCAAUCAAAUCACAUACGUUCCGACACAUACGAGGCGUUCGUCGACUAGAUCUCAGCGAAAAUAACAUCGGUUCAAUCGAUACCGACGCAUUUACGGAGAUUGGUCACUCAUUGACAUCGUUGAAAAUUGCACACGGAUUAUCUGGCUCAUUUACCGCUUUUCCAGCGCAAUCAUUCCGCACGUUAACUUCAUUGCAAGAGCUCGAUUUAAGCAAUAAUCAACUGAAAUCCAUAAGCGAUACAAGUUUCCAUUUCCUAAACAAUUUGCGAACCGUCGAACUCAAUGACAAUGUGAUUGAAAAAAUAUCGAAAGGCACUUUCCAGGGUGAUAUUCACUCCAAACUGGAAAUACUAGCACUACAUUACAAUAGCAUGAAGAAAAUCGAGGAGAAUACAUUUGUUGACCUAAAAGAGCUAACAAGACUUCAGCUAGAUGACAAUCGUAUAACAGCUGUUGAGAAGGGGGCCUUUAUGAAUCUCAACAAAUUGAAAUAUUUAACACUGCGAGGCAACAAAUUGGAUCUUGUAUCGGACGAAGCAUUUCAGAAUCUUCCGGAAUUGCAGUUAUUGGACUUGGCAUAUAAUUCGAUGGUCACCUUUGAUUUCAAUAUGUGUGAUCAGGUUGGAACAUUAUCAUCAUUACACGUGAAUGCUAGCCAUAAUCGGAUUAUCGAAUUGUCUCUGAAUCAUAGUGGCAGCGAUGUUGCAAUUGGACGAUCAGAAGCCGGAUCCGCGUACCAUUCGAAUAUUAAGGUAUUGGAUUUAUCGCACAAUGUUAUAACGGGCAUAAUGGCCGGCUUUUUUCGACCGGCCGAAAUAUCAUUGACUCACUUGUAUCUGGCUCAUAAUCAGUUGACGAAUACAACACGCGAUAUAUUUGGACACAUACCUUUUCUACAUUGGCUCGAUUUAUCGUACAAUCUGAUUACCGAAUUGGAUUUCGACAGUUUUGUCAGCUCAAAAAAGCUACAAGUUCUUGAUCUAUCGCGUAAUAGCAUUAACGAAUUACCACAGAGCAUAUUUAAAUCCAAUGUUGACCUAAGGAUCGUCAAUUUAUCACACAAUAAUUUAAGAUCAUUACCAGAUGGACUGUUUUCCGGUGGCGGUGUUGAAUCUUUGGAUUUGUCUCACAAUUUGAUCACGAAAAUUCCGGUCAUGUCCAUGACGAAUAUGGCUGCACUAGCGCUUUGUAAUCUCGAUCUAUCGCACAAUGGAAUCGUUGCAAUACACAGCAUGGACUUAUCGAACAAGUUUCGCUCACUGGCCACAUUGAAUCUAUCGAACAAUCGCCUAUUUCGACUUGAUGAUGCUGCAUUUACAACGCUACCGCAUCUAACCUAUUUAGAUUUAUCGAACAACAAUGAGUUAAAAGUUAUGGAUAAAGCGUUUUUGGGGCUAGAGGAUUGUUUAUUUACAUUAACACUGAAUAAUGUGUCACUAACAUCGGUGCCGGAAUUAACGUUGCCCAGCUUGAGAGCAUUGCAUUUGUCACGCAAUUCACUGCCAUUCGUUCCACAAGAAUUGGCAUACAAUUUAUCGUCGCUGCGAUCGUUGGACGUAAGCGGAAACGAUUUAACAGCUGUUCCCAGUUUGAUUCAUGCGUUGCCGCAAUUGAGGUCAUUGUCGUUGGGUGCAAAUCCGAUAACGGCCAUACACAACAAUACAUUCGGCGGUAUUUUGGAUAAACUGGAUUAUUUGGACAUUUCUAGCUUGCACUUGAGCAUAUUAGAAAACGGUGCAUUGGGCAAAUCAACGUCACUGCGUUCAUUGCAAUUGUCCACCUAUGCAGAUCUUCCUGAUUUUAACAUUCCGAAAGUGGUAUCCAAAUUGUCGAAUUUACAAAAACUCUGGAUUAGCUCGCCCGAACCACAGAAAGUGAUUUCCGGUUCGAAGAUUACCUAUAAGAAUGUUGCUGCAACGGAUUUGCGCAAAGAAAUGACCGGACAAUUGCCACUGAAAUUGCGUGAAAUUACAAUUAGCGGCAAAGGAUUCAUGUCGAUUGCCGAGACAAUCCUUCAGGGUGUUCAAUCAAAAUCACUUCACUUGCGAUUAUUCAAUACAUCGAUUACGAGCAUACCGGAAAAAGCUUUCCGCCAAUUAGGUCGAGUGCAAAAUAUCUCAAUUGAUGUGAGCAACAAUAACAAAGCGCUAACUAAACAGUUCAAUCCGAAUACGGCUCAGCGACCACUUGAGGCGGAACGUGUCUAUUUGACCGACUUGAAAAUAGCUGGAAAUUCAUUUAGUUGCGACUGUGACGUUGGAUGGAUGGAGUAUUGGUUUCGAAAACAACGGCAAUAUGCUUGCGGUGCUCAAACAUGGAGUGAAGAUGUUUUCGGUUCACCCAUUCAUUCGCCUGUCUAUUCUUCAACUGUCUACGAACGCAGUGCAUCUUGUGGCAUCGACGGGAAUCGGUUGGAAAAUGAAUUGCGUGAAGUGACCUGUUCAAAUAAACAGUCCCAGCAAUUGAUUGAGGUACUUAAAUCCGAGCUUGAAUGUGGAUGGAAUGCGGCACCUUCGGUCACUGUUAGUUCAUCAACAUUCGAAAUAAUCAUAUUUGCUGUAUGCAGUGUAAUAGUUGGCCUUUGGAUAUGACUCCUUUUCUACUUGUAUCGCGAGUCUAAAGAGUUUUAUAUACUGUUGGAACAAAUCUAUUCGGGCAUCUACAAUCAAAAUAAAAGCGAUACAAACAGAGAACGCAGCGUAUCACCAGAAUCAGAAAUAUGCGAAGAAGAACAUGAGUGCAUUGAAAUGGAAACGUUUGAACUAAAUGAAACCUAAUCAUAUUUCUUAUACAUAACUCAUUUAAUUCGUGUUCCAUAUCUCCGCAUAAAUUCGUUUGUGAGAUUUCUCGUUUCAUAAGUGUCAUCGUCAGAAUAAAGCAAAUUUUACUCAUAGCAUUCGUUUUGUUUUUUUUUUUCACAAAAAAUUUAAUAGACAAUUUUAAACAAUAAAGAGAAAUAAAAUGAGGGAAAAAAAGCAUACAGAAAUUUUAAUAUUUAAUUAAACAGUCUACACUCUAUACAUUCGUAUUUACAAUAUUAAUACAUUUGAGUUUUCGUUUUUUUUUUUUCUUCUCUUCUUUCGUUUGUAACAUUUCGUCAUUUUACUCUGUGAAUUACUUGUGCCAAUUUCAAAUAGACUAAUCAAACCGUUUUAUAAAAAUAAAUUUAAUUUCCAACUUCAAAACAAUCUAUCCAA